CUGCCCCCACGAGAUGGUCAGACACGGCCGGGACACCACGCUCUGCAGGACAGAGUCUGGAGGGAGCAGUGGGGUGUGGCCACACCAGGGCACAGGUGUGGCCCUGACACAUGCUCGAACACACACACACAUGUAUACACGUGGCCUCAGAGCACCCAGGCAGCUUCGAAAGGCUGCCCCAUCUCUGUCUGUCUGAGCCCUCCGAGCCUCUGCCCCUGGUGGCCUGCCCCCCAAGGUCACCAGCAUUCCCUGGUUAAUGAUAACCCGAUGUUUGUGCAGCUCGGGGAGGGGCAGGGGGAGCCAAGGGACAAACGGCGGCAGGCAGGACAUCUGUCCAGCUCUUAGCCAGCCCAGCUUCCUUCCCGCAUGGGGCCGACUCCGCAGGGCUAACCGGGCCGCAGUGGCGUGGCUCAGCCCGCCCUAGCUGUGUGACAUUGGGCAAAUGACCUAACCUCUCUGUAGCUCUCUUUCUCCUUCUGUAAAAUGGAUAAUAUAAUAAUAGUGUUCGCCUCGGAGGGAGGUUGAGAUGAUUACCAAUAAUCCAUGUUUGCGACCAAAACCUGGGAACACAAUACGUGAUUUUUUUUUAAACGUUACCUAUCAUUAUUACUGUCCUUGUACCCGCUGUUACUGCAGAGUACUCAGGUGCAGGACUCGGACCUGGAUCUGACAUCCCCCCCCCAAGCACCUGACCCCAUGCUGAACCCCAAAAGAGUACGUUGCCCCCAUCCUGAGUCCUCUCCACAACUGGGAACGGAGGGUCGUGAUUGCCCCCAUUCGACAGACGGGAACACUGAGGACCAGUUGCCUGACGCCACGCAGGACCGGGCUGGAACCCAGAUCUGUGCGAACUCUGACCUGGUGCUGUUAGGUCCCCUGCCCCCCAGUGCGUGGCGAGAGAGGCUGCGUGUUCCUCAGCUGCGGGCAGCAAGGGGCCACAGCGUCUCGGGCAGGGUUCUGAUCUCCAAAGAAAGAUCGCAAAAUAACACAGGAGGCCUGGAGCCGGCGGCUUGGGUUUGAAUCCUGCCUCUGCCCCCAGCUGGGUAACCUAGAGAGCAGGUUACUGACCUGUCCCUUGCUUCUCCAGCCCGGGCUGUGGCGAGACCAGACCAAGUUAAUAGGCGAGCUUGUAGGACAAGGCCUGGCGCAGAGCAAAUGCUGAAGGAGGGGUGGCAUCAUCAUCAUCAUCACCUUGGGUUGGCGCCCUGACCCCAGUGGGUGGUGGGCACUCGGGUUAAUUUCAGGGUUGGGCAGGAGGUACCCCGUUUGGGGCAGGGCGGUGUCCUGCUGAGUGCGGCCACCAGAGGGAGCAGCUGGACCUGAGCUGUCCCCUCCAAGCCUUGGUGACAGUGGCCACCACGCCCUCCUGGGGCCAGGGGAAGGGGCUGGCUGGGAGUGGCCAGGACGUCCCCAGCAGCCUCUCCUCCCGCCCCCACUCUGCAAAGCCAUCCGGUCCCCGCCCUGGUGACAUCCUCUUCAGAUCCCUGGAUGGGGUUGAGCUGAGCGGGGAAUCUGGGGAGGGGGCUGGCGGGAAGGGUGGGGGUGACUCCAGCCCUUGGUGGCCCCUCCCCCUCCCAUAGGGCCGUCCAGUCCCUUCCCCAGAGCUGCUCUUCCUGUGUCCUCUGACCCCCUCCUCCUUCCCGCCCUGCUGGACGCCGGGUGCCCAGCGAGCCCCAUCUCCAGGGCGUGGGAGGAGGGAAAACUGCAGGGAGGUGGGCAGGGCGGGCAGGGAGGCCAGGAAUAAGGACACCAGACAGAGGGACACACACACACACAGGCCACCAGACGGACAGAGACCUGAACAGACUGGAAGAUUGACAGAGACAGAAAGACAGAGAGAGAAAGACAGAGAGAGGGAAACAGACCAACUCGCAGAGUUAGAACACAAAGAGACACAAAGAGAGGGCGAGAAAGAGAAACAGAAUUAGACACCAAAGGGACACAGGGGACCAGACUGAGAGGAGGCCCUAGAGGGAGGGGCAGAGCCGGCCGCGCCAGCCCGGCGGGCGGAUGGAGGGGCGCCCGGUGGCGGAGAGGUAGCCGCAGGGUGGGCCGGGCCGGUGGGCAGAGAAGCAGCUGCCUCAGCGGGGUGGGGGCAUGGGAGGGGCGGGCGUCCUGCUGCUGCUGCUGGCCGGGGUGGGGCUGGGGGUGGCCUGGAGACCCCCGAAAGGGAAGUGUCCGCCGCGCUGCUCCUGCUCCAAAGACAGCGCCCUGUGCGAGGGCUCCCCGGACCUGCCCGCGAGCUUCCCCCCGACCCUGCUGUCCCUGUCCCUCGUGAGGACCGGAGUCACCCAGCUGAAGGCCGGCAGCUUCCUGCGGACGCCGUCACUGCACCUGCUACUCUUCACGUCCAACGCCUUCUCCGUGAUUGAGGACGACGCGUUUGCCGGCCUGUCCCACCUGCAGUACCUCUUCAUCGAGGACAACCAGAUCGGCUCCAUCUCCAAGAACGCGCUCCGGGGACUCCGCUCGCUCACUCACCUAAGCCUGGCCAACAACCGCCUGGAGGCCCUGCCCAGGUUCCUGUUCCGAGGCCUGGAGACCCUAACGCACGUGGACCUGCGCGGGAACCCGUUCCAGUGUGACUGCCGCCUGCUCUGGCUGCUGCAGUGGAUGCCCGCCGCCAACGCCAGCGUGGGGACGGGGGCCUGCGCGGGCCCCGCCGCCCUGGCCCGCACGCAGCUCCGCCACCUGGACCCCACGACCUUCAAGUGCAGAGCCAUAGAGCUGUCCUGGUUCCAGACGGUCGCGGAGCCGGCGCUGGGGGUGGAAACCUUCUCCUACCAGGGCGAGCCCCACGUGGUCCUGGCGCAGCCCUUCGCCGGCCGCUGCCUGGUUCUGUCCUGGGACUACGGCCUGCAGCGCUUCCGGCCUGCGGAGGAGCUGUCCGCGCCCUCGGUGGUGUCCUGCAAGCCGCUGGUGCUGGGCCCCCGGCUCUUCGUGCUGGCCGCCCGCCUGUGGGGCGGCUCCCAGCUGUGGGCGCGGCCCGGCCCCGGCCUGCGCCUGGCCCCCACGCAGGCCCUGGCGCCCCGGCGGCUGCUGCGGCCCAACGACGCCGAGCUCCUGUGGCUGGACGGGCAGCCCUGCUUCGUGGUGGCCGACGCCUCCAAGGCGGGCAGCACCACGCUGCUGUGCCUCGAGGGGCCCGGCUUCUACCCGCGCCAGAGCCUGCACGCCUGGCGCCGCGACACGGACGCCGAGGCCCUGGAGCUGGACGGCCGGCCCCACCUGCUGCUGGCCUCGGCCUCCCAGCGGCCCGUGCUCUUCCACUGGGCUGGCGGCCGCUUCGAGAGGCGCACGGACAUCCCCGAGGCCGAGGAUGUGUACGCCACGCGCCACUUCCGGGCCGGCGGGGACGUGUUCCUGUGCCUGACCCGCUACAUCGGGGACUCCAUGGUCAUGCGCUGGGACGGCUCCAUGUUCCGCCUGCUGCAGCGGCUGCCCUCCCGCGGCACGCACGUCUUCCAGCCCCUGCUGGUCGCCAGGGACCAGCUGGCCGUCCUGGGCAGCGACUUCGCCUUCAGCCAGGUGUUCCGCCUGGAGCCGGACACGGGGCUGCUGGAGCCGCUGCAGGAGCUGGGGCCGCCGGCCCUGGUGGCCCCCCGCGCCUUCGCCCACCUCGCCGUGGCAGGCAGGCGCUUCCUGCUCGCCGCCUGCUUCAAGGGCCCCGCGCAGAUCUACCAGCACCGGGAGACCGACCUCAGUGCCUGAGAGCCGUGUGGCUCCGGGCUGGCCCAGGUGUCGUGGGCCUCCGGAUGCUUCCGCGGCGCUUGUGGCCACGGUCUCGGCCUCAGCCCACAGGACCCUCCAGGCCGUCCUUCCGGAUCCGAAGCAGCGUCUCGGCCGGGGCUCCUGCCGGGGGCACCUUGCAGGCUGCGGCCCGAAUGCGUGUCACCGUCCCCUUCCGCUCCCCCUGUCCCCACUCCCCCGAACGUGCUGAGAAGGGGACAGCGCUCCAACCUCGACAGGUGGAGGGACACCCGCCUCCCUCACACCUGCUGCUGCUGCCGGGGUGCCCGCGGGUCCCUCCCACGAAGGUUGGGACCUGGGGAGGCGUCUCGGGAGCCCCGGGCACCCCUGCCGGACGGGCGGCAGGGGGACGGUAAAGUGUGUGGUUCAAUAAAUGCUCUGUGCACCGCCUG